AUGGCUGUGAACAGCGUUGUGAACGACGGCAACACAAACAACUAUACUGAACUCGAUCUCACUCUAAAUGUCUCCACUUAUAUUUGGCAGAAAUACGGAAAAUAUCUUGAAUGCUGCGAAGACAGAAGAGUAAAAUGGUUAGGGGACUUAACUUAUCUAAAGGAUUUUGUGUCAAGUUUGUACAAUGUCGGCAAAUGGAAUUCUCCUGGGGGAUCAGCGAAGUGUUUUCGGCACGAUCAAAUUUGCCUAACCUGGUAUGCAAAUAAAAAGUUUUUGCUUUUUCAAGGUGAGGAGGGAAAUAAACUAAAAGAUCUGAUUAUAAAAUGCUAUAAAAACAGUGAUUUGGCGCACGACCAUGCCAAUACAUGCGAACAAGAACCUAUCGUAUUAGUCAACAACAGUAGACGAGAGUCACCAAAUGAGUGUCAAAAUUGUAGUCGUCUGUUUGCAGAAAUGACUGAAGUCAAUCGCAAAAUUGAUGGGCUGCAUGAGAUUGUCAAUAAUCUCUAUCAGUUGAAUACAAAGUUUGUAAAUUAUGAAUAUUCUAGAAAUGACGACAAACGAAGUACCUGUGAUCUGGGCACGCAAACUGAUCUGUACUCGGAGCAGAGUGUUGUUCAACACCCAUCCGUCAUACAGACUGCUGAUAUCAACUUGGCUACCGAAAUAGAAGGCCUCAAGUUAGACUUUGUAAUUAUAGAAUCGAAAACUGCGAGAGAUUUGGAGGCUAACAGACAAGCGAUAGAGCAGCUUCGAGGCGAGCUAGCGACCGUAGGGGAGAAGAUUAGAUGCUCCCAAGGGUAUCGUGUACUGCCUAAUAAUAAUGCUAAAGAAAAGUUAAAUUAUUCAACCCAAUUAAGCUUUCAAACACCAAUAAACGUUCAUGCUAAUCAUGGUAACUCUAAUUCAAUUCAACCAUGCGUUACUCACUCACCAACAAAUUGCGCCGAAAAAAAAAAAAAAAACUCAAAUUAUUCAACUCAGCCAAGUGCACAAACAUCAACAAUGUGUGAAGCUAAUCAUGGUAAUCUAAUCCAGCGAAGUCCCCAACCACCAACAAUUGACCACAACGUAACAAAUACUUGCGAAAUAGGAAACAGUUCCAGAAUGGAACACAUUAAUACCAUAGCAGAAACUGAACCGUGUGCACCGCGGAGUACCACGAUUGCUGAAUGGAUAGACCGUUUGCCCCUCGUUGAAACAGUACAAUCAAAGUUUAGCACUGAAAGCCGUCUUUUUUUUCGGAAACGCUACCGCAGGAAGAGUCGAGGCAGUUUGGUAAAACAGAAUCAUCGGGAAUACAUCAAGAAUCGCCGAACACAAGAUUGGCUCAAUCACCUGAACCUUGUACGCCAUAUUAUGACUUAAGAACGGCAAGUCAUGGAUAUUACGAGUCUAUGACUUUGAACACCAACAUAAUACCACUCACAUCAAUUUUUCAUUUCCUUGUUUCUGACUCAUUAAAUAUUCAAAAACAACACUCGUUCAAUGGCUAAUAAACUGGAUGAGAUCAGUGCAACUAUUACAAAUAUAAAUGUGAUGUUGCAAUCAUCACAGAAUCAUGGCUUUCGUCAAACAUUACGAAUGAUCUCAUUAAGAUCCCCGGAUUUUUAAGUAUUCGCAAAGACCGAUGUGACGAUCAACGUGGUGGUGGACUCUGCACCUACAUCAGAAAUACAUUGGACUUCCUAGAAUUAAAAGACUUAUCUCAUCCCGACAUUGAAUCACAGUGGUUCUUGAUAAAACCAAAAAGACUUCCAAGAGGAAUUGAUGCAAUUGUAGUAGCCUCUGUAUACCACCCUCCACAAAAUAACGAUUCAACACUAAGGAACCAUCUAUUUGAAUCCCUAGACAACGCCCUCAUCAAUUUUCCAAACGCAGGCAUCGUCUUGUUAGGGGAUCUUAACCAGUUUAAACCUGGAUCAUUAACUUCAACCUUUAAUCUUAAACAAGUUGUGAAAAGACCCACCCGUAGUAACAAUAUCCUUGACAAGAUUUACACUAUCCUUUCGAAGCAUUACAUUGAUGCCAUUAUACUCCCAUGCAUUGGACAAUCUGAUCACCAAAGUGUUCUCCUCAACCCGACUAAACAAAGUCCGAAGUCACUCAAGUCUUAUACCCCCUCCUACAUUACUAAAAGAGACUGUCGACACGCAAACAAACAAGCCCUAAUCACCACCUUAUCCCAAAUCAACUGGACCCCACUUUACCACGUAACUGCUCUAGAUGAUCAAUUCAACCUAUUCUCGAACAAACUAUCCUCUGUUAUCGAUAGUCACCUCCCUCUGCGCACCAUAAAGUGUUACCCUAAAGAUAAACCAUGGAUCACUGCAGAUAUAAAAAACUUCAUUUCUAAAAGGUAGAAAGCUUGGUUAACCAGCAACACUAUCAUGUAUAACGUUUAUCGUAACAAAGUUAGAAAACUAUGUAAAUCUGCUCGUCAGUCCUACUACGAUAAGAAAAUCCUUAAUACCAGUGGAUCUAACCCAAAAAAUGGUACGAUAACAUCAAGUCUAUUUCUGGUCUAUCUAAAUCGGAACCUUUUUCGAGCAUCUUCCAUGAUGGUGAGUUCAAAAGAGGUCCUGAGCUUGCUGAACUAAUUGCCGAAUCUUUCUGUGCUGUUUCAAACGAAUUUGCCCCACUCCGCUUCAAUAAGCUUCACAUUACAUCUGUUCCUGAUGAGUACAUAAUAUCAACCCAACAAGUUGAAAUCGAAUUGGAAAAGAUCAGUCUUCAGAAAGCAAUUGGCCCCGACGAUAUCCCCAACUGGGUACUGAAAUCAGCUGCAGCGUUGCUUGCUGGUCCAAUAUGUUCCAUCUUCAAUGCCAGCAUUGCACAAGGUUGCAUCCCGACACUCUGGAAAUCAGCAGACGUUAUCCCAGCGCCAAAAAUAUCUAAUCCCAAAUCA